AUGCUUCGUUCAAACAGUGUGUCCCGUGAGCACCUUGACACGCUGCGCCUGCUUCGCCGGUAUAACAGCGGCAUGCCGGGUCUUCGGGGCCAGACAAUCCUUGCAAAAGUUCUCAACGUUAACGCGAAGCGGGUGCUCGUGGACACCGGCUUCACGGGGCUUUCUGAGGUGCCGCGCGACGACGUCACCAUUGCACACGUCUAUACCGACGAUGGCCAGCUGCCCGCACGGAUGUCCACUGCAGACAUUCGGCCGGGGGACCUGCUGCGCCUCCGUGUGGACUGCGUAUACACGCCCUACGGAGACAUGCAACUCACCGCGGUGAAGGGAGACCGUGAGCAACAGCGGAGAGUCGUUUGGGGUGAGCUGCAGCGCAGGAUGGAGCAGCAGACGCUGGUCAGCGGCAGGGUGCUGAACGAAUGCCCUGGCGGCUUCGCGGUCGGCGUUGCGGGCUUCGUCGCUAUCCUGCCGGCAGCACUGGCGGCUACCUCAACAUCCAGGCUCGUAGGUGUCCGGCAGGAUUUUCGGAUCAUCGCCAUGGAUAACGUGCGGCAACGAAUUACGCUACAGGACCCCAAGCUGCAGCGCAUGAAGCGAUGA